AUGGCGACACCUGUAAAUGAGGCGCAUACCGCCUUCUUGAAUGGUAUCAAUUCAUGGGCUUUCUCUCUCUCCGCCCUGACAAUAUGGUGGCUCUGCCAUCGUCGGAGCUGGCCCAUGAGCGUCAUCUUCUCCUACAUACUCGCAACUGCAGCGUUCGCCAGUAAACGCGCAGACCUUAAUAUGCUGCGCGCCGCUGGCUAUUUCUUUGCACAUUUUCUAACUCUCGGGCUCGUAGUGAUCGUCUACCGUCUUUCGCCGUUCCAUCCUCUUGCUGCUUUCCCUGGACCCCUGCUCUUCAAGGUUGCGGAUCUCAGGUUGUUUUUCAGCGUCCUCCAAGGAUACAGGUACCUGGAGAUAGACGCCAUGCAUAAGCAGUACGGUGACGUUGUGCGCAUCGGGCCCAACAAGCUGUCCUGGCUUUCGCUCGGUGUGCAGCACCAGUUCUACAAGGGGUCCAAGAGUUUGGACAAGAGUCUCUCGUACCGUGUACCCGAUCGCUCCUUCAUCGGCCUAUUCUUUAUGGAGGAUCGCGAGGAGCACGCCGUGAGGCGAUCUAUGUGGGCGCCUGCAUUCUCGCAAAACAUGAUGGACCGCUACUGGCCUAUACUCUGGCGUAGUGUCACAGAGUUCAUGGAAUGUGUGGAAAGGCGUGUGGACAGUAGGGGGAUUAUAGACAUUACCAGCGCGUUGCAGCAUUGGUCAUUUGACUUCAAUAUUUACUUCAUUUUCGGAAAUCACAGCUAUGAUAGUAUGAUGGUAAACGGUGAUCCACGAAAGCUCGUCGAAACCGGACAGGAGGCAACCGUGCAAUUUGAAGCUUUGGGGGACGUGCCUUGGCUGCUGCACAUCCUGUGGUAUCUCCCUCUUCCCAACCCAAUGUUUGUCUUGAACAACUUCGCCCUCGAGAUGAUCCGAAAGCGAAAGAGUCUUGGAACGCCUGACCCUCCUGAUCUCUGUUCUUACCUGCUCGGUGAAGACGGUAAACAUGAAGGCCUCAAUGAGCAAGAGCUGGUAGCUGAGACUGCGUUCGCGAUCCAAGCAGGUGGUGACACAAGUGCAGCCGUUCUUAAUUUUGGCUUCUACCACCUCAUCACGAAUCCCGAAGCAUACAAGAAACUCCAAGCCGAACUCGACGAAGCAUUCCCGGACGCCGACUCCGACGAAAUCACGCCGCAGAAACUCGCGAGCCUACCCUACCUCAACGCAGUUGUCAAGGAACAGCUCAGACUCAGCACGCCCUUUGGGCAGAUGCCACGCGUCAUCCCUGGCGACGGCCUCGUCCUCGAAGGGCGCUUCGUUCCCGGCGGCACAAUCGUUGGGUCGCCGACAUACGCCAUGAAUGUCACAGAGAAAUACUGGUCUCCGGACCCGCUGAAGUUCCGUCCUGAGCGGUGGUUGCCCGGCGGACUCGGGCCAGGGUCCAUCACGGACGAGAACGCGUUGUCGUCGUUCCAGUUCGGUCCCUUCGGUUGCCUUGGCAAGGCUUACGCCAUUCGCGAACUGCUCCUGAUGAACGUGCGGUUUUUGCUCGCAUACGAUGUCGCGCUGGCACCCGGUUACGACGGUGAAGAGUUCGUUCGGAAGGUGGUGAACAUGAAAACGACGAUCUUUAGGAAGAAGCUGCUCCUACAGGUCAGGAAGCGCCGUCGAUAA